AUGAGCAGCUUCGAUUUUCUAAAUGAGCUUCCUAAAGAGCUUCAGAACAAAAUAAGGAACAUCACGAGGGCACUGCCGAGCUCAUUGGAGGUGUUUCAGGAAUUAUACAAUUAUGGUCUGAGUCACAGUGAUAAUAUAGAGAAAAAACGGAAGGUGACUAGCAAUGGAGUUAUCGAUGAACAAAAUAUCAUAUUCUCUUUGAAAAACGUCUCUGUACUAUCGCCAAUUAGGAAGAAGUUGGACCUAGUUUUACAUUUGUCGAGCAUUGAUCAUAAACCACAAUUAUCCUUAGUCAAAAAUGGUGUAUCAGAGUUUUCAAUUUCUAAUUUAAAAGACAAUGUGAAGAUGGGUACAUUUUUACCUGUACCUGAAAAGCCAAAUUUGCUAUAUCUUUUCGUUCAAUUAAAGAAGGUCAACGACAAGGACCAAGAUCCAAUUUUACUAACCAUGAACAAAGAAAAUGUAUUAACUGAGUUUAAAAGUAUGGGAUUAAUAGGGCAAGAAGUAGAUGACUUCAACAAGUGCACUGAAUAUAUCAGAAAGCAAGCUAUUUUAACAGGAUUCAAAAUUGCCAAUCCCUUCAACCCAUCGGUAGAGCAGCCUGUACCAUCAUUCCAUGUAGAGUGCCAUAGGGGUACCAAGGAAGGUACUCUCUAUUUUUUGCCAGAAAUAAUAAUUUUUGGUUUUAAGAAACCUAUUUUAGUAUUCGAAUCUUCAAACAUUGAAUCUAUAUCGUACUCUUCAAUAACAAGAUUGACUUUUAAUGUUACUCUAAUAAAAAAGGUUGACGAUGGUUAUGGUACAAAAUUUGAAUUCUCGAUGAUUGAUCAAACUGAAUACUCUAAAAUUGAUGACUACGUUAAAUUGAAACAAGUUAAGGAUGAAUCGAUGAGCGAAGAAUUAAAGGCUAAAACUGCGAACAAAAACAAACAGCAGAACAAUACAUCCGAUCAACCAAGCGCUUUACAAGAGGCAACUAAACAAAUGGAGACAGAAGGCAACAUUAACGAGAUACCCUUUGACUCAGAAGAUGAUGAAGAAGCUGACGGAAAUUUCGAGGACAAUAGCGACUUGUCCGACGGAAGUGAGGUAGAAGAGGAAGACAACGAAGAGGAGAAUGAAGAAGACGAAGAAGCUGAUGGUGGAGACUAUGCAGAAGAAGAUUUUGAGGAGGAUGAAAUAAUUCAAGAACAAGCAAAUCCUGCUGUAAAUCAACUUAUAUCUAAAACAACCCCGAUAAAUAAGAACAGUUCAAAUGCUGGUUUAUUCGAUUUUCCUAUUGAAACACCAAGCUUUGAUAUUCCUAUAGAGCUUGAAGACAAUGAAGACGACGAGGAAGGCUCUGGCGUUGAAUAUGACUAG